AUGGCCGGAGGGCACAUCCACGCACUGUGCAGCAUGCCAUCAAUAACGAAGGUUUCAUCAUCCAUUUUGAGAAGUCACCAGAACGGUAUAAAUAGUCACCUGCGAGCGUUGACGGCCCUCAAACUUCCGGUAGAACGUUGGGACGCCAUAAUCAUCCACCUAAUGGUAGAAAAAUUAGACGUCGAAUCCCACCGUUUAUGGGAAAGUAGCCGUUCCAGCGCCUCACUUCCUUUAAUACAGGAAUAUCUGUCAUUCCUGAAUCAGCAGUGCAACCCCAAACUACACAAGGAAUAUGUCCACUUCAUGCGCUAG